AUGAAGUUGUUUGUAUGUAUGUGUGCUUUGUUUGCUGUUGCCAACGCUGGCUUUUUGGGACUCUUAGGAGGUGGUGGUGGAGGUGGCGGCUCUGAGCAUGGACACGAUCAUGGACAUGGAGGCGGUUAUAUCAGCGAAUCUCAUUAUAGCCAUGAUCAUGGACAUGAUCAUGGUCAUGACCACGGUCAUAGCGCUCCUGCCCAAAUUAUCAAAGUAAAACUUAUAAAUGAAGAUCAUGGUGGUAGCUAUGGUCAUGGUGACAGUUAUGGUCAUGGUCCAGCCGCUGCUCCUCAAAUCAUUAAAGUUAUCCAUCAAGAAUCAUCAGGUGGUUUCUCUGGUGGUCAUGGCCCAGCACCCGCUCCACAAGUCGUUAAAGUUAUUCACCAAGAAGCUGGACCAUCAGGUGGUUAUGGUGGUCAUGGUCCUGCUGCUGCUCCUCAGGUUAUCAAAGUAAUUCAUCAAGAAUCUGCUGCUAGCCAUAGUCAUGGCGGUCAUGGUCAUGGCAAUCAUGCCGCCGCUCCUCAAGUUAUCAAUGUUAUUCACCAACAAGCUGAAUCUUCGGCUGGCGGUCACAACUAUGGUCCAGCUCCUGCUCCCCAAGUAAUUAAUGUUGUUCACCAUCAAGCUUCUGCUGGUGCUUCAUCUGGUUCACUAGGUUCAACAACUGGACCAGUUUCUGCUCCCGCUAAAGUUAUUAAGGUCAUCCAUCAAAAUGCUGUUUCUAACGGUGGUUCUUUUGCCGCAUCUGGUGCUGUUCAACAGCAAGUCAGUGCUCCAGCCAAGGUAAUUCGUGUAAUUCACGAACAAGUACAAUCUCAGUCCUUAGCUCAGUCUGGAUCUUUCCAAAGUGCUUCUGUAGCUGCUCCCGAAAACACUUACUUGCCUCCUGUACAAGCUCCUGCUCCAGUUUUCAGCCCACCUGCUCCACAAUACAGUGCUCCUGCACCACAAUACACCGCUCCCGCUCCUCAAUACACUGCCCCAGCUCCACAAUACAGUGCUCCCGCACCUCAAUACAGUGCCCCAGCUCCUCAGUACAGUGCACCUUCUUUUACCGCACCUGAGCCCGUCCCAGUUGCUGCCCAUUUCCCCGCUCAAUCCUAUGGACCACCACACCAUUAA